UAACACAGACUGUAAUAUGGAGGAUACCGAUAUCGAAAGUGAUGAUGAUUAUGAGAUAUUCGUACAUCAACGACCAAUGGUUGACAACACUUCAUCCAGUGUUGGUGAUGAUGAAACAGAUAGUCUUGAUGAUCACGAAGAAGAAGUACUACACACUCCGGAGUCAGAUGGGGACGCCCAUGAUAUAGAUAUAGAGGUACAGGAACUAGAUUCCUUACACGAGGAUGAAGAGCAGGAGUCGUCUUUAGAACCAGAGACGCUAGAUCCAGCUCAUGAUGAUGAUAUACCUCCAGUUGUGCCUCGUCGGUCAGGCCGAGAGAGGACACAACCUAAGUGGUUACAGUCUGGUGAUUAUGUGACGAAGUCUGCAGUUCCACCUACUGAUACACCUGUAGAUACACCUGUAGCUGAGUGGAGACAGAAGGCAGAUUACCUGUCUAGCUGUAUUGCUAGAGGUUUAUUUUCAGGGAUAGAGCUUGAAGCAGGGAAGGCUUUAUUAGCCAUUUUGACCGAUCAUUGAUGUUUUAUAUUUUAGCUUUACUAUUGAUACUAUUAAUCUUAUAUUUGAUAAUAUUUCAGUGGAUUAUCCUGAUUGAUUCCUACUGUAUUUAUUAGUGAUUGCAGUAUCAGUACAUUGCAGCUUCAGAUAUAAUACUAUUUCAUUUUUAUUUUUCAUAGAUAUUAUGUUGUAUACUCUGAAAUGACGUGGACGUCAUUUUAGAUGCCAGGGGAGUAUGUGGUAGAGUGUUUAGAAUUAAUAUUUAUUUUCUUUUAGAAUAAUUAAUAUUAAUUAGUAGCUUUAUUAUAUGUAUAUUAAGAGUUCAUCAAUUCUUCUAUUCUCUUAUUUUCUUCUUAGUACAGUUCUACUCUAUUUUUCUGGUUCAUUAGUCAGUCAGUCAUGUGUCAUAUUAUCUUGUCUACUAUUGGUCACAGUCAUUAAGUUCAUAGUUUUUGCCACUCUUUUUGAUAUACCUUGAGAGAAAGCUUUACAUGUAGCAGCCAUAUUUAAAAUAGUUAUAUAGUUUAUAUUCUGGACACUUAUUCCAUAUUAAUCAGGACCAGAAUAGCUUCAUGUUAUAUUAAUCUGGUGAUGUUUCUAAAACAGGAGAUAGACCUUUGUACCAUAUACAUGGUAAGAUCAGUGUUACAUGUAUUUUUAGUUUACUGUAUUGUCUGUGUUUGUCUAUUUAAUUUUAGUUCAGUAUAUGUAUUGUUUGUGUCUUGUGAAUAGUAGUUACCUGUAUGUCAAUUAUUACAUGUAAACAUUAUAGUAAGAAAUUGUAGUUCAUUCAUAAAUCUAUGAAUGAGUAGCGUAAUACAAUUGGACAUAUGUAGUAAUUAAUCCUGACUUGGUUUAUAAUUGAGUUUAAUUGAAUUCAUAUAAUUAUAAUAUACACUUA